AUGUCAUGUGGCAAUAAUUACAAGUUCUACGAAGUUCUUCAAUGUUCUAAAGACUCCUCGCAAGACGAGAUAAAACGUGCGUAUCGUAGACUCGCGCUCCUCUAUCACCCGGACAAGAGCUCGACGAACAGCAAAAAAUUUCAAGCCCUCGAAGAGGCCUGGCGAAUUUUAUCGGACCCAGAGUCGAGGAGAAAAUACGACGCAGAAUGCAGGCAACUGGAAUUGGAGUCAGAGAAUAUUUUGGUUCACGAUAGAAUUAAUUUCGAGGAAUUGAAGACAGAAAACGAAGAUCUUCUGAGUUAUCCUUGCAGAUGUGGCAGUAAUUACCUCAUCAAUAAAGAUGACUUCAAUGCUGACGACGAGACACUUUAUGUUCCCUGCCAGGAGUGCACGUUCUUUGUAGCAAUCGACAGAUGACAAAGAUUGUAAUUUAAUAAAUUUAGUAAACAGAACAAAACGA